UUUCUGUGCAAAAGUUGAAGAAAAAUGAAUUGCAGUGCAAUUGGCUGUGAGAAUAUCCAGGGAUGUAAUCCCCACGUCUCCUUCCACCAACUCCCACACCACGAGAGUGAGAAGGUGGUGAGGAAGUGGAGGAAAAUCUUGAAGAAGUCGUCAGGUAUUGAGAAGAAGAUCAUCAGAGUGUGCUCUGACCACUUCCUGCCUGACGAUUUCCACCCCACUUCCCGAGCUCUGCAGGGAGAGUGGAAGUGCAGAAGGAGAUUGAAGAAGGGAGUUUUCCCGACGAAAGUUGGGACAUCUCCAGAGCUGAGCCGGGCUCAUCCAGAGGCGAGUCUGGACCUCAUCCAAUCUCUCAACCCAGAGAUUGCAAUUCUAUGUAAGUUUCAGAAUAGAAAUAUGUGUAAAUUGAUUGACUUAAAUGUGCUCUCGUAUUUCACAGGGAUCAUUCCUACGCAAAGAUCAUGCCCUGCGGUAAUGGAGAUGAGUUUGAGGAGAGAACUGCAGUCUUGAGAGACGAGGAUGAAGAGCUGAAUGAUGUGAUCCGCGAUGAAGCCGGAAGUGACAAAGAAUCGGAAGUAGAUAUGCUCUUCGACAACACAAUCGAAAUUAUUUCGGAUUAUGAGGAGACAGUGGAAGAUCAAUCGAUUGAUAAGUUAUUUUUUUUAUAAUAUUCAAUAAC